AUGACGACAUCAUCGCCUGCUUCGUCGUCGAAUGUGGCGAUCGAUGAGAAACAUGGUGUGCAGGGCGAAGAGGUCAAGCCUCCUCUGGCGGGGCUGAACGAGCAAGAGAGGGAAAUCAUCGAGAGGCAGAUUGAGGCGCCGAAGUUGACGGUCGGAUACUUUGCGCUGUUUCGUUUCUCUGUCGACGCUGUUGCUAUUCAAGAAUUCCAAAAGCGAAUCAACGAGCUCACACUUUAUUUUGUUUAUCUUGGUAUCGCCUCCUUUUUCACAUCAUGGAUCAGUAUUGUUGCCUUCUCGUACACGGGAGAACGUAUAACUCAGCAGAUCCGAGAGCUAUACCUACGCGCCAUUUUUCGCCAAAAUAUCGCGUUCUUCGACUUUCUUGGAUCUGGAGAAGUUACCACUCGCAUCAGCUCCGACAUGAACUUGGUUCAGGAUGGUAUUGGGCAAAAGAUUGGACUCUUCAUUGCCGGAGUAUCAGGUUUCAUCACCGCUAUCAUCGUUGGUUUCGUCCGCUCACCCAAGCUUGCCGGGAUUAUGAUUUCCAUAACAAUCGCCUUGUUCAUGAUCAUGGGUGUAUGCGGCGCUUUCAUGAAGAAAAGUCAGACAGUUUCGAUCGAUCAAUACGCCACUGCUGCUUCCUUGGCCGAAGAGGUACUGGCAUCGGCGCGUAACGUGGCUGCGUAUGGUACCCAGAAUCGCCUGGAGCAGAAGUACAAGACGCUCUUGGGCUCUGCUUCGCGAUUCGACUUUAAGGCGAAGUUCUGGCUGUCGAUGAUGAUUGCAGGCUUGAUGGGCAUAUUGAACUUGCAGUAUGCGUUAGCUUUCUGGCAAGGGAAACAGUUCUUGGAUAAUGGCGAAUUGGGCGUUUCGCAAAUUCUUACAGUCAUCAUGGCGACCAUGAUUGCCGGAUUCUCCCUUGGAAAUAUCAUGCCGCACGUCCAGGCUUUUGGGGCUGCGACCGCAGCAGCUACUAAGGUCUUCAACACAAUUGAGCGCAAGUCACCGAUUGACCCAGAAACGGAUGAGGGCGAAAUCCCAGAGUCUCUGGUCGGCAACAUCGAAUUCAAGGAUAUCAAGCAUAUCUAUCCCUCCCGGCCAGAUACCACCGUGCUCACGGACUUCAAUUUGCAGGUACCAGCGGGCAAGAUGAUAGCAUUGGUGGGCGCUUCUGGCAGUGGCAAAUCGACCGUAGUAGGACUUCUGGAACGCUUUUACCUGCCGAUGGAGGGUCAAGUCUUUUUGGACGGCAAGGACAUUACGACACUGAAUUUGCGAUGGCUCAGGCAACAUAUGGCUAUUGUGAGUCAAGAGCCUGUACUAUUCAGCGUCACCAUUUUCGAGUGUAUUGCACACGGUCUAGUCAACACCGAAUACGCUCAUGCGUCGGAUGAGAAGAAGUUGGAGAUGAUCGAACAAGCUGCACGCACCGCGAACGCACACGACUUCAUCAGUGAACUGCCCGAGGGAUACCAGACAAAGGUUGGAGAGCGUGGCAACCUGCUGUCUGGUGGACAGAAGCAGCGUAUUGCGAUUGCCCGUGCUAUCGUAUCCGACCCGAAGAUACUGCUCCUUGAUGAGGCUACUGCUGCCCUAGAUACCAAGUCCGAGAGUGCUGUCCAGGAGGCGCUUGACCGCGCAUCAGAGGGCCGAACCACCAUCGUCAUCGCCCAUCGACUGUCAACGAUCAAGAAGGCCGAUAAUAUUGUCGUGAUGGCCAUGGGACGUAUUGUCGAGCAGGGCACGCACGGAGACCUAAUUAAGCAAAGCGGCGUCUACUCUAGCUUAGUUAAAGCGCAAGAACUCACAUCGAAGCUCAACAACGGCAACCGCGAGUCGCUCCUUGGCGACCCCGAGAAGGGCGCUGGUAUCACAGAUCCUGAGAAACCCGACCUUCUUCGAACCAUCACUUCUGCGCCGUCCGAUGUUGCCAGGAAGCUAGACAGCGAAAAAGACAGGGAGUACGGCACGUGGGAGCUCAUCAAGUUUAGCUGGGAAAUGAACGCUGGCGAGCACUUGACUAUGACGCUCGGCCUCAUUUUCAGCUUCCUCGCUGGCUGCAAUCCUGCCAUCCAAGCCAUUUUCUUGGGUAACUCGGUCAACUCGCUUCUGUCUCCCGGCACCUCUCUGGGUGGCCAUGGCAUCAGAUUCUGGUGCUGGAUGUUCUUCAUGCUUGCCCUGGUCAUCUUUGGCUGUUACUUUGGGCAAGGGUUGACAUUGUCCCGGGGCUCGGCUCGUUUGAUUGGAAACAUUCGCCAGCGUGCUUUCGCUGCCAUGCUUCGCCAGGAUAUGGAGUUCUACGAUGGUGACAUGGUCACGUCUGGAGCCCUUGCCAACUUCCUCUCUUCGGAAGCGAAUCGUCUCGCGGGCCUUAGUGGAUCAACUCUUGGUACGAUUGUCAGCGCCAUGUCCUCUAUCAUUGUUGCCGUCAUCGUGGGUUGUUCGUUUGGCUGGAAGCUCGCCUUGGUCUGCACAGCAACUAUCCCCCUCAUGCUGGCUUGCGGAUACUUCCGCUUCUACGCACUUACUCGUAUGGAGAAGCGUACCAAGGGCAGCAACGAAGCCGCGUCUUUUGCUUGUGAGGCUGCCUCUUCCAUCCGCACCGUUGCAACAUUAUCGCUCGAGAAGCAUCUCCUCACAGCAUAUCACGGCAAGCUAGGUGACCAGGCGAGAGACAACUUCAAGUUCCAGAACGUCUCCGGUGUAUUGUAUGCGACAUCUCAAGGAUUGAGCAUGCUUAUCUUUGCCCUCGUCUUCUGGUACGGUGGUGGCUUGCUGUUCUCUGGACAGUACACUGUGCUGCAAUUCUUCAUCAUCUACUCGGCUAUCAUCAACGGAGCACAGUCCGCUGGAGCUAUCUUCUCGUUCGCACCCGACAUGGGCGAGGCACGUGACGCCGCGAAGGUUUUGAAAUCUUUCGUCAACCGCAUCCCCAAAGAUCGAUCAUUGGUAGAGCUACAAGAUGUUCGCUUCACAUAUCCUGGACGGCCUGACCACCGUGUCUUGCGUGGUGUCAGCAUCCGCGCUGAGCCUGGACAGUUCAUUGCUCUUGUCGGUGCCAGUGGCAGUGGCAAGUCUACUGUCAUGCAGAUGCUUGAGCGCUUCUACGAUCCGACAAGUGGCCAAGUCCUGGUCGACGAAGUCCCACUCACAGAUUACAACCUCCAAGACUACCGUGCGCAACUAGCCAUCGUCAGCCAAGAGACCACGCUCUACACCGGCACAAUUCGCGAUAACAUCCUUGCCGACAGAGACGACGUGUCUGAGGAAGCAGUCGUACAAGCGACUAAGGACGCCAACAUCUACGAAUUCAUUAUGUCCCUCCCCGACGGCUUCAACACCCUCGUCGGUGCGAAAGGCGCCCUCCUCUCCGGUGGCCAACGCCAACGCAUCGCCAUCGCUCGCGCCCUCCUGCGCAACCCCAAAAUUCUCCUCCUCGACGAAGCUACAUCCGCCCUGGACUCAACGUCCGAGCGCGUCGUCCAAGCCGCGCUCGAUAUCGCCGCCAAGGGUCGCACAACUAUUGCGAUUGCGCAUCGUCUGAGCACCAUCCAACACGCGGAUCUGAUCUAUGUGUUUGAUCAGGGCAAGAUUGUGGAGAUGGGGCGGCAUGAGGAUUUGGUGGAGAAGAGGGAGGGUGUAUUGGGAGUUGGCGAAGUUACAGGCUAUGGGGGCGCCGGCAAUGAUGAGAGCUUCGAUUUCUUUCUUUUAUUUUUGCAUAUAGAUUGA